AUGGCCGCCAGAAAUACACGGCCUUUUCCUGUGGUUUCAACUCUCACCGGAUUUGCCCUGCUUCUGCUCGUCCAACUUGCAGCUGCCAAUACUCAGCUUGACCAUCGGCAUGGGCAGGAUGCGGAUGCAGUUGCGCAAGGAGCCAAUGGGUCAACCCCCAUGCAUGAAUCAUACCCCCCAACCUACUUUGCUCUCCCUGAUGGUCGUGGGCUCAUCUACGGCCAUGUUGCGUCCAUGGUCGUAGCCUGGGUAUUUAUCUUGCCUGUGGCGGUUAUGCUUUCCAUCGCACGGUCCGGGCUGACGCUUGGUACACAACUUGCCUUCAUCGCGGUCAACAGUUUCGGUGUGCUCCUUGCAGCUGUAUACAACACCGGGACGCCAGAUCUGUACCCAAACAACUCUCACCACAAAAUCGGAUGGAUUGCUACUUUUGUAGUUUUGCUCCAAGUCAUCAUACGCCUGACUGGACGACUGACUGGUGCUGCCACGGGACAAGGCGAGAGCAACAGCAACACUAACAGCAUGGAAAUGCGGAACCGUGUGCUUGAUUGUGUUCCAGCUCCGGUUCCAAGUCACCGACCGCUCACGCCCCCCGGAUCAUACGCUCAGCGCGAUCCGCGUUUCUCCAACGACAGUGGGCAGGGGACAGAGCUUGGCACAGAGCUUGGCACAGAGUCACUCCAAAGUGAUUGCAUCUCGGAGCUGCAUGACGAACAGGCUCCUUUAAAUGACCGGACAAAAGAUAUUGACGAGGAAAGUGUCUACAAUGGCAAAACUGCCGACGGCGCUACGUUUGUGUCAUGGCGACCAGGACUGUUACAAUCCCUCAAACUUGCCAACGCUGUUUCUCACUGGAUGAUUGCCUGUCUUGGUAUUUUUUACCGUGUUGUCGACCGAGUAAUCUUGCCGUUUGGGUUCGUAGCUCUGACCACGGGGAUCGUUACCUUUGCACGCUUGUUUGAAGGCCAGGCUGUUUUCAGCGGACUGGCUCACUGGAUCAAGGGAGGCGUCUUCUUCUGGCUUGGAUUAUUCACGCUAGGCCGGUGGUCAGGGAGUUUUGCAGAGCUGGGCUGGGCAUGGAAUCUCCGGCCUGUGCUUCUCUCAAACAGACGAUGGCACCCGUCCGCUGAGUUUGUGGAGAGCGCGCUCAUCUUUUUCUACGGCUCCACCAACGUGUUCCUGGAGCACCUUGGCGGUUGGGGCGGCGAAUGGAAUGCUCAGGACCUGGAGCACAUGUCUAUCGCGGUGCUAUUUAUUGGCGGCGGAUUGUGUGGAAUGCUCGUCGAGUCGUCUCGUGUUAGAACCUUUCUAAACAACACAGCAUCUUCCGUGGCGCCACAUGAACCGUCUCCAGCGGAAAGAAUGGAUCUCUGGCAGGCCCCAGAAACCGAAUCCGUCUCCCUAAACCCCAUCCCCGCGCUCAUCAUAAUGCUCCUUGGCACCCUAAUGAGCUCUCAUCAUCAGUCUACCGCCAUCUCUACAAUGGUUCAUAAGCAGUGGGGGAACCUAUUGCUAGGUGCCUCGCUUUCUCGGGGGCUGACGUAUGUCCUUGUAUUCCUGCGGCCGCCGAGAUCCAUCCUGCCAUCUCGCCCUCCCACUGAACUACUGGCGUCUUUUUGCUUGAUGUCGGGAGGCAUCAUCUUCAUGGCGAGUAGUGCCGACACGAUUAAAGGCAUGAUCCAUUACAAGCUGGACCCCAUGUUCAUGUACACAAUGACCAUGGGGUUGGUAGCGAUGCUCAUGGCUUGGGAAAUCACCGUGCUAGCCAUCAAAGGCCGGGCCGCUCGCAAAAUGUCCUUGUUUCAUUCGAGGCACUACAUGCAAGGCGUGCAUUUUGCAGAUUGA